CGGCGCGGGAGCGCGCGCGCGCGUGCGGGAGGGGGCGGGUGGGGAAGCAGUGGCUGCAGAGCUCCCGGAGGCGAGGCUCGCACGCCCGCCCCCGCCCUGGCCCCAGCGCCCACCCGGUCGGCCCGGCCCAGCCAUGAUCAAGGCCAUCCUCAUCUUCAACAACCACGGGAAGCCGCGGCUCUCCAAGUUCUACCAGCCCUAUAGUGAAGAUACGCAACAGCAGAUCAUCAGGGAGACUUUCCAUUUGGUGUCGAAGCGAGAUGAGAAUGUGUGUAAUUUCCUAGAAGGAGGAUUAUUAAUCGGAGGCUCUGACAACAAGCUGAUUUAUAGACAUUAUGCAACACUAUAUUUUGUCUUCUGUGUGGAUUCCUCAGAAAGUGAACUUGGCAUUUUAGACCUAAUUCAAGUAUUUGUGGAAACAUUAGAUAAAUGUUUUGAAAAUGUCUGUGAACUGGAUUUAAUAUUCCAUGUAGACAAGGUUCACAAUAUUCUUGCAGAAAUGGUGAUGGGGGGAAUGGUAUUGGAGACCAACAUGAAUGAGAUUGUUACACAAAUUGAUGCACAAAAUAAACUGGAGAAAUCUGAGGCUGGCUUAGCAGGAGCUCCAGCCCGUGCUGUAUCAGCUGUAAAGAAUAUGAAUCUUCCUGAGAUCCCAAGAAAUAUUAACAUUGGUGACAUCAGUAUAAAAGUGCCAAACCUGCCCUCUUUUAAAUAAAAUAUUAAAAAGGCCACUCCCAGGUAAAUCCAGAGGGAAAGUCAUCUAAGUUUACCAUGCAGUUGUUUACCAAAAAUAGAGGAGGAGAGUCUUAACUUUGCUCUUGGAUUUAAGUCAAGGUACUGUAUAGAAGCUGCAUAAAAUCAGUAUGGAAGUUCAAUGUUGCUUUUCUUGCUCAGUGAUUUUAAAGAAAUUGAGUGGUUCCAGUGUGAUUAUUUUUUCUUUUCUAAAUUGCAUUCCUAUGCCCACAUAAAGGCAUGCCUCUAUAUAUUGGCUAUUACAGUAUUUCGAAAAGUGAGAUGUUUCUUUAAUUAUGUACAACCCAAAAUGUUGAUGUUUUGUAUGGAUCACAAGUGCAGCAUUCUCUAAUUCUUUCUGCUGUUUGUCACAAUUGUUAUUUAAAGAACCAAGUAUGUAUUGCAUGAAAACAUGACCUUUUCCUUAGUUUAAAUAAACUCCAAGGUAGCUGGA